AAUGGAAUUUCUUUCUUUGAUUGGGUAGGCAGCUUUCAACUCCUAAUUCAAAUUAAUAAUAGAGAAAAUAAUUAUGAGAUAGAAUAAGUCAAAGUCCGACUCAAUGUGCUCCAUGGAUUAAGGGAAGAAAAUAAAAAUGUUAAAUUUUUAUAUCAAUCAACAAGUAUAAUAAAGGGAAUCGUAAGUUAUGUAUAAAGAAAAACUAAACAUAAUUAUAUAAAUAAUUAUGAAAUAGUUUGACUAGACAAAUCAUGCGACGAUAAGACAUUUGAUUACCUUCAAUUAUUGAAGUUUAAACAGAAGGGCAAGUGGAUGAAGUAUAGGACCACUUAGAACGAAAUAGAUGAAUAAAUGAAAAAGAAGACUAAAAUAUAAUAUGCCUUUUGCCAAAAAAAUAAUGGAUGUUGGUGUGUGUAUCAGUUGCCUCUAAAAGGCAAUGGCUAAGCAAAUCUUUAGUUAAUUUUAAUUAUCUUUGUAGUUCUAGGCAAUGGAAUCAAAAGUAACAGCAUUAACGCUAGGAAGCUCUCUUCCAGUGCCCAGCGUUCAGGAGCUGGCAAACAAAUCAUUAGCCACAGUCCCAACUAGAUAUGUUAGAUCCGAUCAAGACCCUCCAUUUAUUCCCACUUCUUCUUCUUCUUCAUCUCAAGUUCCUGUCAUCGACAUGGAGAAAUUGCUUUCUGAACAAUUCAUGGAUGCUGAGUUGGAGAGAUUUCAUCAUGCUUGCAAAGAUUGGGGCUUCUUCCAGUUAAUAAACCAUGGAGUGAGUCUUUCAUUGGUGGAGAAGUUGAAGAUAGAAGUCCAAAAUUUCUUUAAUCUUCCAACUGAUGAGAAGAAGAAAUUUUGUCAAAAAGAAGGAGAUGUUGAAGGCUUUGGCCAAUCCUUUGUUGUGUCUGAAGAGCAGAAACUUGACUGGUCUGAUAUGGUAUACGUCACCACUCUCCCUACUCAUUUGAGGAAGCCCCAUUUGUUACCUUACUUCCCGUUUCCAUUAAGAGAUGUUGUAGAAGCUUACUCAAAAGAAAUGGAAAAUCUUGCAACGGAAAUUUUGAAUUUAAUGGCAAAAGCUCUAAAAAUGGAAACCACGAAUAUGAUGGAAAUCUUCGAAGGAGGAUGGCAGUCGAUGAGAAUGAAUUAUUAUCCUCCAUGUCCGCAACCAGAGCUGGUCGUUGGCCUCGCUCAACAUUCAGAUGCUGCUGGCCUCACCAUCCUUUUACAAGCAAACGAAACUGAUAGACUCCAAAUCAAGAAACAUGGGAAGUGGGUUCCUAUUAAGCCUCUCGCUAAUGCUUUUGUUAUCAACGUUGGAGACAUUCUUGAGAUUCUGACAAAUGGAAUGUACCCAAGCAUAGAGCACAGAGCAAUAGUGGACUCAGCAAAAGAGAGACUCUCCAUUGCCACAUUUUGCAGCCCGAAACUAGAUGCAGAGGUGGGUCCAAUGCCAAGUCUUGUUACUCCUGAAACUCCAGCUUCGUUUAGAAAAAUUGGAUAUACAGACUAUAUAAAAGGAUUCUUUUCUCGUAAACUUGAUGGAAAAUCAUACGUUGAUGUGCUUAGAAUUAAUCCGAAAUGAAGGCAGCAAAAUGAAUGAGAGCUAAACGGAUAAAGAAACUCAGUUGUGUCUAUACAAUAAUUAUCUUCAAAUGUCGUCUCUAUGUAAAAUCUUUUAAUCUAUAGAUUUAAUUUAAGUAAUAAUCCUGCAGGCAUUACUGCCAUUGCUGCCAAA